CCCUGUUUAGACCAAAGUCUCAUCCCCAGCAUCUAGUUCGAUUUUAGAAAGGGGGCAAAGCACCAAACGCCGACACGAAAGUAAUAGUACUCAGCUUUGCGUGCGUGCGUACGUGUUAGCUCGCUCCUUGACCGACACGAAACUCACUGCCUUUUUUACUUGGCGAGGACGAGCUUCGGGCUUCAGUUCGCCCCCAAUCCUCCAAGCAAGCAAUGGCGUCCACGGCGUGGUGCAUCAUCGUGCAGGUCUCCGCCAUCCUCCUCAACCUCACCGCCUUCGGCCUCGCCAUCGCCGCCGAGCAUCGCCGCAGCAAGGCCACGGUGACGCCGGACCCGGCCCAGGAGUACGGCUACUGCGUCUACGACUCGGACGUCGCCACCGGCUACGGCGUCGCCGCGCUGCUCCUCCUCACCGCCGUGCAGGUCCUCGUCAUGGUCGCCAGCCGCUGCUUCUGCUCGCGCGGCACCGCCCUCGUGCUCUUAUUCUUCUCAUCGUUGACGUUCCUCAUUGCAGCAGCGUGCUUGCUGGCAGGAUCAGUCCGUAACGCAUAUCACACCCGGGACAGGGGCAUCAUCAACGCCGACCCUCUGUCGUGCGAGACGUUGCGCAAGGGUGUGUUUGCUGCUGGUGCGGCUUUCACCUUCUUCACGGCCAUCCUCACCGAGUUCUACUACAUCAGCUACUCCACAUCCCGGGAUUAGGGGUGUGCGUGAAAAACUAUACCUGAACUGAAACCGAAUUAACCAUUACUUACCCGCAAAAAAAAUAUUUAACCAUUACUAAUUUCGGUGGCUAACUACAAUUGACCAAAUGAAAUUCAAUGAAUUCGGUUAUUAUCCUCGGUUAACCGAAUAAACCAAAUUAAUGAGAAAUAGGCUAAAACCUAUGUUGUUAUGCAAUUAUAUCUAUUUUAUUAUAUAUGUUAUCUAAAGUGUUUCUGAACUUUGAGGCAGCUUCGAGCCUGCAAAACCUUCGGUUAUGUCAAGGUUUCUUUGUUUAAGACUUCGACUCAUAUAUGUGUUGGAAAUUCGGCUAAAAUUCAUGAUUGGGUGUUGUCUAUUUUCUUGUCGGUUCACGAGUUCGGUUAUAUCGGUUUUGAACCAAAAUUUACGUUUAACCGAAUUCUUGAUUAGCUGAAAACCAACCAUAUUUCGGUUGGCAUUUCUUGCUAACUGAAUGACCAAAAAGCCCGAAAAAUUCUCGGUUGAAACCAAAUGGCCACCCCUGGCAGGGGAUGUUGCUGGUGUCCCUCGCUACCUCGGAUGAUCAGUCGGUUCUUGUAUUCAUGAUUUCGUUUUCACUUGAAACUUAGACCAAAAUUCUAGAAGUCGGAACUUGGCAUGAAAUCAAGUGAAAUUGGAAAUGUCUGUACAUAAAUGUAAAUAUUACCAAGAACUGAAAUUACCGAAAUAUCAGUAAAUUUCCAGCGUACGGUGAACCCUGGUAAGAUUAGGUUUGUAAGUUGUAAACAAGCCACAUGAAGUGGCACGGCAAACUAAAAAUGGGCAAGGAUAAUUUAGAAGAAACUUUAGCAGGCUAGCUUAAUGACAUGCUACUCCCUCCAUUUCACAAAAAAUGGCGCCCACGCUUUUCGAGGUCGAACUUUGACCAAUGAUUAGACCAA